AUGAACAACAAUAACAAAACCCAAUCACCGGAUGAAAACCCAUUUGCAUCAUCUUCUUCAUCAUCUAUUCCUGCUACAUCUCAGAACUGGGGAACUCACAUGAUGGGAGCACCAGCAAUUCCAAGUAGUCACCCAGACAACAAGAAAGCAGCUUUACAAACCGAUACACAACCACCACAACAACCUCAGGUUCAAUAUUACCAGCAAGAUCAUCCUUAUGUUCAACACACCCCUGUGGAAAAACCUAGCAACAGUCCCAUGGAAUCAAUUCUCCACAUGUUCGAUUCUUGGAGCAAAAAAGCCGAAGCCACCGCCAACAACAUCUGGCACAAUCUUAGGACAGGACCUUCUGUGUCUUCAGCUGCAAUGGGGAAGAUGAAUCUGACCGUAAAAGCUAUAUCAGAGGGUGGAUUUGAGUCACUUUACAAACAAAUAUUCACUACUUAUCCGAAUGAGAAUCUGAAAAAGACAUUUGCUUGUUAUCUUUCAACAACAACAGGACCUGUUGCAGGAACACUUUACUUGUCUAAUAUUCAUCUAGCGUUUUGCAGUGAUCGUCCAUUGAGUUUCACUGCACCCUCUGGCCAAGAAACUUGGAGCUACUACAAGGUGAUGGUGCCUUUGGGGAAGAUUGGAACGGUUAAUCCUGUAAUCAUGAAAGAAAAUCAAUCAGAGAAGUAUAUCCAGAUUGUGACAGUUGAUGGACAUGAUUUUUGGUUCAUGGGUUUUGUUAAUUAUGACAAAGCAAUGAAGAACUUAUCGGAAGGUGUUUCGCAUUUUGUUGUGCCGGGUGUAGCAGUGCCAUCACCAACUAGUUCUUGA